AUAACAUAUUACUUCCUCCCAGACAGACCGACACGAACAACCAGAGAAAGAAAUCGUCGUUAACUUUUAAAAGCUGGAAUCAACAGGAGCACUACGAGCGCAAUUCCAUCAUUUUCAAAACAUUCGAAGCAUGUCGCUCGACGUGACUGAAUAUUAAAUAAUUCUUAAAAAGCAAAGACUGAAACGCGUAGGCCGCUCAACAAAGUUUGUACGCGAGGGCCUGUAAACAACAUGUCCUCCGCCUCGCAGGCAUCCUCUAGACGGCAAUGGUGUUACCUUUGCGAUCUGCCCAAGAUGCCAUGGGCCAUGCUCUGGGAAUUCAGCGAGGCUGUGUGCCGUGGCUGCGUGAACUACGACGGAGCAGACCGAAUCGAGCUCCUAAUAGAAACCGCGAGACAGUUGAAGAGCACCCAUGGGGUUUUAGACGGUAGGUCCCCCGGCCCUCAGCAAGGCAAACCCAGCUCCGGCGGGCCACUGGAAGGUGGAAGGCAACAUCCAGAGCGUUUAGACAGAGUUAGGGGAGAAUAUGGGGUAUCCCCUCGCCUCCCCAACGGUCUCCACAGAGCUGAGGAUGUAGCUAUGUCAGAGGGGAGCAGGCAAAGCCCCAACACCAGACGGGCAAUGGCUGGUGCAGUACCUUCUCUACAUGGAACCAUACCCCAUGCUUUAAUUGCCCAGGGGCUAGUGGGUGCCCCUCAUGGCUUAUUGGCACCAGUCCCCGGCUCCAGGGCGGGGGGCCCUCCGCUAACUGUCUCCUCUGGUACCUUAAUGGGUGAGGUGGGCAGGCGUCAGGUAGUGUCGGCCAUGUCGUUGGGCGUCGGGGCCGGCGCCUCGGCACUGGUAGGUCUGGAUGCAGGAGUCUGGAGGAACGGGGAGGUUAUGGCUGAGCUGGCAGAGAGUGCCAGGAGCAGGGCAGAGGGCUGGCCGAACCGCCCCAAAGCGGUGCGUGACGUCCUGGUGACCCUCUGCAGCUCGGCGCCGUUUAACGUGCGCUUCAGGAAAGACCACAAUCUGGUGGGGCGCAUUCUAGCGUUCGACGCGGGGACCGGGCCCGAAUUUGAGCUCAAAGUGUUUGUGGAGUACCCCAGUGGCUCUGGAAUGGUGUUUUCGGGCAUCCCAGAGCUAGUCAGGCAAAUGUUCCGCGACUCGGCCAAAGAUGUGGGCAAAGCGGUGAACUCUGGGCUGCGCUACGUGGAGUACGAAAGGCGCCAGGGAGCUGGAGACUGGCGUGGACUCACGGAGCUUCUCAGCGAUGCUGUGCGCGCCUUCAAGGAGCCUCCUAUGCCCGACGUCCUGCCACAGCCCUACCCUGAUGCGGGCAUGUCGAUGGCUCCCGCCAGCCGCCAGGCUCCUCCGAAGAGCACCACGCGCAGACGCAAGGCGUCCCCGGGGUCGGAAAACGGCGAGAGCGAAGGGAGGCCCAUGGGAGAUCACCCGGCGAGGGAGUCUUGGCCCAGGGGUGCCUACCCAGGAAUGGAGCCACUUUCGGGGAUGGCUGCCCCUCAAGAGGGCCCACCUCGCUCUCACAGCCAGCCCUCGCCUAUCUCAGCCUUGAUGGGAGUGGCUGACAGCCUGAGCUCCAGCCAGAUGUCCAGAGAUGGCCCCAGCAUGUCAGCGGCUCAUUCUUCUGCCGCCGGACGCCCCACCAGUGGCAGUCCCUCUACCGCCUCGGCAGCAGUCUCCCAGGCAGCUAUGGGACAGGGAGCCAGUGGAGGACCCAGCACUACCAGUGCCGGGGAGUCCAGUAGUGGGCCCCCGGGAGCUCUCCUCUGCUGCACGCUUUGCCGAGAGCGCCUGGAGGACACUCAUUUUGUCCAGUGUCCCUCCGUCCCGCACCACAAGUUCUGCUUCCCCUGCACGCGUGGCUCCAUCCGCAGCCAGGGCCCUGGAGGAGAGGUGUACUGCCCCAGCGGAGAGCGCUGUCCCCUGGCUGGAUCCACCGUGCCCUGGGCCUUCAUGCAGGGAGAGAUCUCCACCAUCCUGGCCGGAGAUGGAGACGUGACGGUGAAGAAGGAGAAUGACCCCUGACCCCUCAGUCUUCUCGAGUGGAUCUUACAACACUUAGAAAGCACUUCCCUGAUCUAUCAUACCUGGAGGUCCAUAUGGCUGUAGUUCAUCACGUGCCUCUCGGGCGCCGCAAGAAAACAAAAUUACCAGAAGAAAUCCAGGAAGACGGCCACAGAAUCACCUUUCAGACAAGAUGAGUCAUGUUUAAAGAGGCUGUUGACUAGGCCUUGUUUUAAAAGCCCAGGAUUGAAAGCACAGGUCCGUUUUCAAAAUGACAAUCUCAACCGUUUCAUUUGUGUUUCUCAAUGCUAUGAAUAUUACAUUGCAUACCGUGUCUUCAAAGUGAAUGAUACCAGUAUUGUUAGCUCAUUGGGUUUCAGAACCCAAUUCCUUGGGCAGUAUAAAUAAGAAUGUUAAAAAAAUGGCAAAAACAGCCCCAGUCUUUUAGUCCUUAAAGCCAAGAUUUAAAAAAAUAAUAAUAAUCACAUACAAUGUCUCCGAUGUAUGCUCCUUUUAUUACAUAUAUUGUAUGUCAAAAAUGUGAACUUACUUUCCAUGGCUAUGUAAUUUCUAUUUUUGAUACAAUACAAAUUUAUAUGUAUGAGUUAUAGUUAGUGAUAAGACCAAAGAUGGCUAUGUAAUUUUAUUGUAUUCCAGCUAUGUAUGCUGUAUUCAAUGAUAACCUUUGGCAUCAGUCACCUGGUUUCUUUGUCUAUCACAAAGUAUGCUUGUCUUCUGUCUCUAAUCCUUACUUUCUGAACUCUCCCAAAUAUAUAUAAAAGUAAGAAAAUUAGUACCACAUGCUUCAAUUGUUAACCUACGUAAUCAAAUGUGAUCUUAAGGGUCAACUCUAUAAUAAAUAACUGAAUAGUU